AUGCUUACUUUACUACCUGACAACUUCGUGCUCGAGGAAGUUACUCGGGAUGAUAUCAUACUCGCCUCGCUGGCUUGGGGGUUCACCCUGGGUAUUGGCUGGCUGACGGCCUGGUCAGCAUGCAAGCAGACAAUCGGAAUCUACAAACGUCACGGCUGGGGGAUCCUGACAAACCCCUACUUCUGGAUGAUUUGGCUCGAAAUCGCCGUGUGCCUGGCCUUUGGCAUCAUUUGCUUCAUGUACCUGCUGGGUACUAUCCCGCCGAGCUUCGCCUUCUACUUCUGCAUCCUCACCCUUUGGGCGCUCCAGGUACAAUUUCUACUGCAGAUCAUCAUCAACCGCUGCGCCAUCCUCAUCACCGACCGCCGCUGGUCGUGGCGUCUCAAGUACGGCGUCGCGGCCAUGAUCACAGCCAUCAAUGUUUCCGUCUACUGCGUCUGGAUCCCCGCGCGCCUCCAAAUCAGCGAAUCAUACGUCCACACGAACGAGUGGUGGGACCGUUGCGAGAAGGGAAUCUAUCUCAUUGUCGACGCAGCCUUGAACAUCUACUUCAUCCGCAUUGUCCAGCAGAACCUGGUACGACACGGCUUGACCAAGUACCGAGGUGUCGUGCGCUUCAAUAUGUUCAUCAUCUCGUUCUCUCUCGGCAUGGACGUGUUGAUCAUUGCCAUGAUGAGUUUGGACAACACCUUUGUAUACAUGCAGUUCCACCCUCUCGCAUACAUUGUCAAGCUGAAGAUUGAGCUCUCAAUGGCCGAACUGAUUGCAAAGAUCGCCAAGAACCGCGACCCCAGCCAGAUGGACGGUGAAAAUCAGGCCGACUUCCACGCACACUCGAGUUCGCGUGGCGCUGGCACCUCCAAGGGUGCCGGCACCGUGCUCAGCGGCAACCGCGAUGGUGACAAGAACCGAGCCUGGGCUACUGUUACCACCACAGUUGAGAUGAACACCAUGGAUGCCAACGGUCGAAAAAUCGAUGAAAGAGGCGGCCCCACGGGUUACAACCACAGCGACACGGACACUCUUAUCGAUCCACGGGCGCCAUUCUCUGGGAACGCGAUCUGCACAAGUGGCGUCGAGGGAGGGGCAGCGCGGGAUCACAAGGGAGUCGAGUCCAUAAGCAGCUUCAACUCGGGAAGCGGCGAUGUGCACACUUAG